GCGUUUACUGGGACUGGCUUUGGCAUUUCGAACCACUGAGUUGCACCCCCGUUUGAGUACAGCCUGCUGUACAGAAAGUACCUGUGAUAGGCGUUCAGGCAUGCUGAGCCAGAUGUCUUCCUCGGAGUCAGAGGCUCGCCACUGGCCUAUUUUACUGGCCGGUUUCGUGGUCAACUGUCUUACCUAUGGCGCGGCGAGUGCCAUCGGCGUGUUCUACAUCGAAUGGUUCGCCGAGUUUCCCGAGAGUGCUGCCCUCAUCGGAUGGUUGUCAUCGUCUUUACUGACCAUGCUUUUGUGUGUUUCCCCUUUGGCGGGUGCGCUGACCAGAUAUUUUGGAGUUCGUCCCGUAGCUAUGGCUGGUGCCCUCCUGUCUUUUCCCGGGAUCCUCAUAGCGUCAUUUGCCACGGACGUUUACGUCCUGAUCAUUACACUUCCAUUCAUGGCAGGCAUCGGAUUUGGAAUGUCGUAUACUGGCGUCAUGGUUAUCAUCAGUGAGUACUUUCAUCAGCACUUUGCACUGGCCGUAGGAAUAGCAACAACGGGGACCGGUGUCGGCACUGUGGUCCUGCCAAUCUUUUUCGGCUACUUGAUCGACCGUUACGGAUGGAGAGGAGCUCUGCUAGUCUUCAGCGCAGUGCAAGCCAACGCGUGCCUGUGUGCAGCCAUAAUGAGAAGCCCACCGAGAAAGACGAAGACGGGUGAAGAUGGAAAGAAAGAGGUGACUGGUAACUAUGGCAGCAUCGGCGAGCGUCGGGGGAUACAGGGAGGGUCUCCUUACAGUCAUCUUGUAGAAGAUAAAGAUGAGGAUGAUGACAAAAUCGUCAGCUCCUCACAGGUGAACUCUGAUCCAUGCAGUGAGGCAAAGACAGCGAAGAGGAUUAUCACAGAGAGACUGAUGACGCUCCUGGAUCGCACCGGCAUAUCUCUCUUCUGGACCAACCGCGUCUUCGUAACCUUUCUGAUAAUUUCGAUCACAGACGCUCCGAUAUACGGUAUCACGCUGCCGUACCUGACCGCUCUAGCCGAGUCGGUGGGCGUGCCGGAGCUCCAAGCGACCACCCUGAUCUCCAUCAUCGGUGUGUCUUACAUCAUCGCGUGCCUGAUCUCCGGUCAACUCGUAGACGCUCGAGUGGCUGGGCCAGCGUGCAUGUUUGGCUCCGCCGUGGCCCUAGCAUCCGGUGCUUUGGUGUUGUUCGCCGCCACCGCCAGCUAUCCCGUCUUUGCGGUGUGUGCGUCUACGAUCGGGCUGGCUGCUGGGGUGUACAUCCCGAUGACGUCAGUCAUGGUUCGCAGGAUCGUGGGCCAGGAGAGAUACCCCGGAGGCAUCGGUGUCGUCAUGGUGAUUGUUGCCACGGGGAACAUGGCGUCAGCAUUCAUCGGAGGAACCCUGUACGACAUGACCAAUAGUUACAGCACUGCUUUUGUCUUCGCAGCGGUAGUGUCUGGUCUGUGCGCGGCCACAGUGCUGGGUUUGCACCUGCUCUGGACGAGACUGGUUCCGGAUGACCGAUGGCCUACAAUUACAACUCGAUCAUCAAAUACCGAAGCAAGAAACAAAGGCAAAUGAUUUGAAGACUAAUUCUUUCAAUGCCUAUUCGUACAAUUUUGUCAUCUUUCAUUUUCCAUGGAUGAUUGGUUUUCAUCCUUAAGUAGAUUUGGGCCUAUUGACUGACAAGUAAUGUUUUUGUUUUUGUUUUUGUUCAUGAGGUGGUUUCGUGGGUAAUGUUCAGCUUCAGCAUCAUGUCUUCAGUGAUACGUUUUUGUAAGUGUAUAAUUUAUAAGUGUUUUUUUAUAAUUCCUUAAGUUACUAUCACCAAGAUGUGGGGUAACAGGUCUAUUGACUGCAGUAUUUGUUUUUGGCUUUUGUUGCCCUUAUAUAGCCCAUCUUGGUGAUAAGCUUUUUCCCUCUCUUUGUUUUCUCUUGGGUAUCGAUAUAUGUAUUGUAGUCUAUGUCUAUUGUAAAUUGUAUUCUUUGGCUGAAUAAAUAAUUAUAAUAAUAAUAACAAAAAAACGUAGGGAAGUAUUACCAGAAAAUUUUACAUUGAAAAAAAUAACCCGAUAAAUGAUAAUGGAAACUUGUGAUUCAAAAAUAAAGUUUUACAAGUCAAAAGCAGCAUGGACGAGAUUCCACAUUAAACAGUA